UACGCACGAAUUUCGGUCUGCACCUGCCACCACGCACCACUUUCACCCUGUACUCGCACGUUUCUUCAUCAUCAACCUACGAUUUACCUUCUUUUCUUCCUGCUCGAUUCAGCAGACUUACGUCAUGGAUCGUCACGCUGUUGGAAUCGAUUUGGUAUAUUCGUCGAGCCGUGAAUAUACAUCGGAAGGCUGUUACGUACACCUCGCAGGAAACGCGUUUCUUAAAAGUCAAGAAACUGCCCUGUCACGUGAAACAAUUGAACGAAGAGCGUGUUGUUCGAUGAAGGGGAUAGUGGGUGACGUAGAACGAUAACGACGACGACAGGAUCCUUCUGUUCUUGUAAUUGUACGGAUUUGCAUGGGCGAGCAAGAGAGAAAGAAUCUCUGCAAAGAUUUCUACCGAAGAUUCCGAAACUCGUGUUCUUGUUCGGCGAGGUCGGAGCCGUAAUUUAUACCGUGCAAUUAAACACGCGAAAGAUUUCAUCGGAACGCCGGAUCCGAAGCAUUACCAGUAAAUCGCUCGGCCGCACAAUUCUCCAGGGCUACGAGGAAAUGCCUUCCUUCUUCGAGGAAAUGGCCCCGCAGGCCGAGUAGCAACGCUCCCAAAAACUUUCUGUACCGCCUAAUGGCAAGAAAAGUCGACCAACCUCCCGGCGUUUCCGUCUCGGCCUACGCGAGCAGGGCGUAUCCUCGUCGCUGCUCCCUCGGGAAUCUCAACGAUUGCUUACGACUUCGCGUUUUUCGAUGCCUUUCCAUCGACGAAACUCAUCCUUCCUAGGGUAGGAAGAUGAACAACCGAACCGUUUAUUCCUCUAUCGAGAACUUCUAACAAGAUGUCAGAAAAUUGACGCGAUCAAAGUUCUUCCAAACGAUGAAUCUUAGCUCGCGUGUAUCGUGCCGAGACUUUUCAACUUGACUUCGAAGCAUUUGGACAAGAUCAGGCUGCCUUAACGGAUUGAGUUAUCCGGACCGUUGACAGAUACCCCCUGGUUCGCCAUGUCGCGUAACAUCGCGCAUUUAUCACACGAUUCCCCGCUAUCGAUCACUAUCUUUUUCACAAUUAUUCACGCGUUUAACGCGUCACGUCGUUAAAUCGAUAACUGUCCGUCGUCAAGGAGGCACCUGCCAUUUUGCACCCGUCAGCGAACAAUGCACCUGUACUCGAUCGGAAGAUAAACGCGCUCUUCCGUCUCCCUUCUUUUACGUUUUGCGCACACCAUAACGAGUUCGUUAAAAAAUAAUCUUAAUUGAACGUGACAUAUACGCCACUUGAAAAAUCGUGUGUUUGUCUUUUAUGUCAAGAGAAAUGGUAGGUUUUAGUCGUUGGAGAACGAUAACGAUCAGGUACGAUCAAUCAGCAAAGAAUUGGUUCGGUUAGUCGAAGAGAUAAAGCGUACGCGAUCGGACGAAUCGCUGAUCGAAUCCAUUGUUCGCGUCACGUUCACGGCAUUCGGGCAUCGGCGAUGCGCAUUAAAGAAGAUUACCCGGUCGGAUCGUUUUCUGGAGAAGAACUCUGGCCAAGGGAAAAAAAUUGCGCGCUUACGAUCGCGAGGCACGUUACGCGUUUCGAGGAGGCCGUAAUAAAAGCGACCGUAUCUGGACGAGCCGUUACUUGGUCCUCGUAAAAAUCCUCCUGACCGAUCAAACAUCUCGUCUUUUCCUCUCUUUUUCUUUUCUUUUUUUUCAAUGAAAACUUCAUCGUCGUAAGAGAACAAUUAAUAAAUGAAAAGGAAGAACAGACGACGGUAUUCGAUUCGAAGUUGAAGACCGAUUUGACUUUGACGAAAGACGAUCAGAAUUUCUUGGUUACUCCUCAGACACCGAGUUGAAGCACUUUGCCCGUUUAAAGGAUCCCGUCCCCUUUCCAUCCGCGUCGCCGUCAACCCUUCAUAAAGCAGUCCAUCUUCCGCGAAGAUUCGCUCGACGAGGAGGCACGAAACUGCCAAUAACUUACAAUCACUCGGCGUUUCGUCGCCGUUCUGUAAACUAUGCGGGCGUCCGUGGAGCCACCAUAAUUCACAAUCAGCCUCCAUUAGCUUCUCGUGGUCGCGAGGGAAACUCUUUAUUUACGAGCGUUGAAUUCGUUCACCGGCAAACGACGCGUCUGUUAUCCCAUAGAAAAACGUUGAAACGACUCGAUUGUAAAGAAGAAAAUUACCGGAGUAACCGAGAAAUUGAAUGGGACAGACGGAGUCUCGGUAUCCAGAGGAAAGAAAAAUAUUUUGUUAUUUUACGAGAAAUCAAAACGAUUCGAAUGAUUCAGCGAAAUUCAUUGCAGAGAAAGAGAGGGAGUGAAGGGUGCGAGAGGCGACUGUACCGGGAGCCAGCAAAAAGAACGCGGUCGUGUUCGAAGCCGGUUGUUUUGUCUGUGGGAGGUUAACCUGGCCCGUCUAGUUCUGCAACUCGUGCUGCAAGAAAUGCUCGGAGCCGAGGUAGCUCGGGAUCGAGGUCACGGGCUCUUGGUUACGUAACACGAACAGCAGGAGUAAGCAUGGGUGCCGCGAGCCGAUUCGAUGACGCACAGAUGUCAGGUUUGUUAUCGGGAUCGUCAUCAAAGGGCCGUUGUCGAGAAUUUCGAUUUCGUGGCACGUCAAGAGAAGAGAGAAUCGCGUGCUAACGGCAGCCAUCAGCGGGGAAAAUGGAAAAAGGCGCAACCCAAUUUCGUCGCUGAGGAAAGCACUUCGAUUGCCACAUACUGGCACCCGUCACGAGCACUUCCAUCGAAGGGUGAAGUUGCAGGGGUAGCCUCGUGGAAUGGCGACAGCCUCGAUGAAAGCGUGGAAAAUCCCAUAAAAUAUUCGGUGAGGCCUCUGCAGAUCCUGGCUGAGAAGAACUCGUAAAGCUGUAACUAAUUCUUUUGAUCUAAAAAAAUACAUUUCUUAGCCUUUUAUCGACGAAUUUUAUCAAAAAAGAAAUUAGUUGGAAUUCUUAACUUUUCUCUGUAUUUUUUUUAU